GCCUCCACUGCGCAGCCGCAGUUUCUCCGGGACGCAGAAAGAGCCGAGCAGGGAAGACAGCAAAAAUGGCCCUCGAUAAUUUGAUUUUCGCCCAAUGCAUCCUUUAUUUUUUAGCCUUCGUGUUCGGCUUCAUCGCCGUGGUGCCUCUGUCCGAGAACACGGAGGAUUUCGGGGGCAAAUGUCUGCUGUUCACGCGGGGUAUGUGGCAAAACGAGAACAUCACUGUGUCGAAGCAGCGCUUCAUCGUGGAGGAGUGGGGACCCGAGUCCUCCUGCAGCUUCAUCACUUUUGUCGGGAUAGCGUCCCUCAUCCUGUCCGCAGUGCAGGCAUGGAGGCUACUGUUCUUCCUGUGCAAAGGACACGACGACUCCAUUUUUAACGCCUUCCUCAACCUGCUGAUCAGCUCCUUGGUGGUGUUCACAGUUUUCCUGUCCAGCACCAUCGUCAGCGUGGGCUUCAACCUGUGGUGCGACGCCAUCACUGAGGGUGGAACGAUGCCCAGCAGCUGUGAGGACCUGCAGGACACUGAUCUAGAGCUGGGCCUGGACAACUCUGCUUUCUACGACCAGUUUGCUAUAGCUCAGUUUGGUCUGUGGGCUGCCUGGCUCACCUGGCUCGGCAUCGCGGUGAUGGCCUUCCUGAAGGUCUACCACAACUACAGACAAGAGGACCUGCUGGACACCCUGAUCCACGAGAAGGACCUGCUGCUCGGCCGCUCAUCACGCCGCAACUCCGACCUCAAGACCGGCCUCAUCUAGGAACCUGAGGAUCCACAAACACACAUUCAUUUGCAGUCAACCGUUCCAGUCCUCUCGCCUGCCAUGAGAAACACCAAUGUUUGCCUGUGUAGACAAUCACAAUCAAUUGGCUUUUGCUCCCACUGACCGCGGAUUGAAACAAACGGACGAUUUUAGCUUUGUUCUUCAGAGGUAAUUGAUUUUCCCUCAACAGAAAAUAUCUAAAGACGGUUCUUAAUCUUUGAAGAGUCCUGCUUUAUUGGGUUAAGUCAUCCACUGUGUGCUUUUCUCUUCAGAACGCACAACUCCAGCCAAGCUCUGAUAGUAUUAAAACCAUUUAAAUGAAAUGUAAACCCAGUUUGUCAGCUCAUAAAUUUAUAUCUAGCAGCACAGUAUUAAUGGUUUGGAUAGUUCAGCCGAUGGAUCAUGUUGUCUUUGUGUAACUUCUGCAUGGACUUAAUGCAUGACAAAUUAUUAGGGUGUUUUUUUUUAGAUGUAAAACCAUGUUAUUUUGUUUUAUACACCAAUAAAUGUGUUCCUAAGGUUUUUUUUUUCUCGUAAGAUGCGCAGUGCGUCUUUGUGAAGCGAGAACUCUUUGCAUGCUGCAGCAAAGUGAAAUGAUGUGUGCUUUUGUGGUAUAUUUACACAUUUAUCAACAGCUACAAAAGAUGUUUUCUAAAAGUGACAAAUUGCAGAGCAGAACAUUUAUGUAUUCGGCUGCCGGUCCAGAAAAGCUUUUAGCAAUCUGUGUAAAAGAAACAGAUCCUAUCUUCUGCCAUUUAGUAACUCAGGCUUCUUCUUCUUCUUUACACUUUAUAGGCUACAAACCAAUAUAUUGUAUUAGUGUGAAUAAACACACAAAUAUUACCUGCAUGCAUCUCGCUCCCCUUUACAUCACAUCCCACUGAUUGUCAGAGGUUACUGGAAGAAAGCAAGUCAUCUGCUUGACUUUGAUAGGCAAUGACAGUUUUAUUCAAAACAAAUGAAAUCAUAAAACGGUAGGAACUGAGAAAACCCUCCAUAAAGGCACUUCUUUCAAAGUGACCAUAAAUGUUUGGACAGCAGUGAAAUGCAGCUUUAAGCUAAAUGUGCACAUACAGGACAUGAGUUCACUGGGUAUCGUUUUAUUGCUAAUGACAAUUUAGUUUGACAGUACAGAGUCGAGAGUAUUUUCUUUCUUCUAUACAGGCGCUAUUAGCCUUAUAUUGCUUUGACAUUCAAAUGUGAGAUCUCCAACAUCUAAUGCUUUCCAUUUUGAGUUCCCUGAAACCUGUUAUAUAAAGAGCAGUGUUUUAAUGGAAA